CCCGGCCCGCCAAGGUCCGUAGGCAGAUCCCGCACUUUUUGUUAUCAGACGACCGUCAUACGUCUCUUUGUGCCUGCAGUAUAUAUUGGGGACGACCCUGGGAACGUUAUCAGUCUCUGGUUCCCAGUCCGCUGAAAUGGCCGCCAAGUCCGUUGUCCUCCUCCUUGCAGUUCUCGCUCUUGCUGCUGCCGACAGCAGAGUAAAGAAGGCAGUUGUGGUGGUUCCUGAGGAUGAUGGCUCCUACUUCGAGGGCAAAUACCCUGGAACUGGAUUCCCCUACACCGCCGGACUCCCCUUCCCCUACACCUACUCUGCUGCUGCCUACGCCGCUGCUCCCUACGCUGCCGCUCCCGUCGUAGCUGCUCCCUACGCCGCCGCUCCCGCCGUCGUUGCUGCUCCCUACGCCGCCGCUCCCGUUGUCGCCGCCCCCUACGCCGCCGCCCCCGUCAUCGUCCAGGACAACGGCUACUACUUCCCCGGCAAAUACGGACCUGAGAACCAGUAGACUAUCAUCCUCAACCCUCCCCUCUCCUCAUCUCCUUGUAAUUUAUGUGUAUAUGAAUCCAACUCCUUGAUUUCUGUACAAUAAAUUCUCUCCUUACCCAAA